UUUUUCACUAUUUUCACGCUACUUUUCCUUCUUUCAGGAGCAAUAUCUGGCGAAGGACUGUUCUCAUUUAAGUGAAACUGAUGCAUCAAGAAGCCUAAUGUUUCCUCUCAACACUACUGUUAUCUAUUGUACAGAAAAUGUUAUAGUUUUAAUGACACAGCCCAUUUUUACUCUUAAAAUGCCAUUUAUUUCAUUAUUCUCCCUUUUCUCAAAACAUGCUAAAGUAAAACUGGAAACCAUUAUAAUCAUAUGAAAGGCCUUACACUUUCCAAAGUAAUUAUACAGGUUAGAGUUAGAAUCUAUGAAGUAUGAGUUUGUUACAAGAGCUAAAGUGUACCAAAAAUAGUUGAUUUGUUGUACCUAUAACUGAUUGCAACAUAGCUUUACAGAGACAAAAAACUUGCUGUGGGUAGCUCUAAAAAUUAUAUGUGCAAUAGGCUAUAAAUUAUAAGCAAGCGCUAUCCUGGAGCAACACAAGUUUCCUUCAAAAUCCUUCCAGAGCAACUUUACCAACGGAGGAGAUGGCAAAACACUGAUGGUUGUCACGUGGUAACCCAACUAGCAUUUCCUGUUGCUACGCCCCGUUUCCAAUCCCUUUCAUUUACUCUAAUAUCUAUGGUAAAAUGACAUUUGGUCGGACCCCGCCCCCUUCAGUUGAAGGUGAUAAUGAAGAUUACACUAUAUCCCAUAGUGAAGAACAUGCUGACUUAGCAAGAAACCAAUCUGGGGAACACCGGACUGGUAACCAUGACGAUGACGAUCCUAGUAACCGUGGCAACGUUCAAAACACUCUCAAUUUGAAUCUUCACAAGACGUGGUGUUUAAUUAGUUAGGUGAGUCAGAGUUGCUGCCCAUUAGGUGGAUGCCCCCUGAAGCUAUUAUGUUGUGUAAAUUCACAAUAGACAGUGACGUGUGGUCCUAUGGUGUAGUACUGUGGGAGAUAUUCUCAUAUGGUAUUCAACCUUACUAUGGGAUGAGCAAUGAAGAAGUGAUUAAAUAUGUACGGACUGAUAAUGUAUUGAGGAGACCCCAGGGGACACCACAAGAGAUAUAUGAUCUUAUGUUGGACUGUUGGGCCAUUAAUCCUACUGACAGACCUAAAGCUAUUGAAAUAUCUAACGGGCUAGAGAGAUGGACCCCUGACCUAUCAGCACAAAUUGAAGUCCAAUCACAACAUCCUGAUUAUCAGAAUAUGUCCACCAUAUUGGAAUGGGCUAGGAAGUCAAGAGAAGUUGGUCAGCAUCAUUUACUGGAGAACACAGGAGAAGAAGGAACCACCUCUGAUGUUAACGGAGCCGCACCCACUAAUAAUGGAGCCCCGCCCACUCUUGUUAACGGGUCUUAUGAUCAUCUUUCCCCUCCCACUGGUUAUGAUAAAGUUAUUGAUAAUAAUGAUGAGGAUGUCCCUAUUUAUUAACUUAUAAUUAACUUUAUUAUUAAUUAAAAGAACAAAUAAUGUUAUUAUUAAUUAGUUUUUAGUUUGUGAGUGUCAUUAACUUUCAAUUUA